AGUAUAAUGGGGGUCUUGGGCUGCAGGGCCUUGGUGUGGAUGGUGACGGCCUCCAGGUACUGUUGGCAGCCCUCAAAGCUCCGUCUAUUGUCUAUGCUGUAGACCACAAGGAAGGCACUGGCCCACGAGAGGUAGCGCUCACAGUUCACUGGGCCGUCCUGACGGGAGAGACAGACAAGGGGAAAAGGUCAUCACUUCAAAACAAUUAGUGGCAAAGGCUUUGGAAGACGUAUCAGUUGAUUUAGAAUACAUCUUCAAAUGGUUUCCAUUUGCACAGAAAAUGUGUCAUUGUGUCCCGGCUCUUGUAAUGGUAACGCCCCAGCCUACGGCACAGACGUCUUCAGGUUUGGAUCCGGCCUACUGCCCUUUGACACAACCUCUAUCUUUCCUCACUAUCAUCCUCUGUCUCUGUGUUCAAUGCAAAUCUGAAAACCUUUUUUCUUCUGUCACAUUAUCCAACCGCAGCACAGCGUCGGCGACAGAGCAGCGCCCCUGGAGCAGUUCAGUGCCUCAAGGGCACAACGGCAGUAGUAUAGUCUUUCAAAAAAGACUCUUCCCACCUGGUCAGCUGUGUCCAUAACUUUCACAACGACAGGCUGUUGGUCCACCAUGUCCUCAGAAGAGUAAGUAUCCUCUAGAUGGCAGUGAACACAACAUGGAGGUCACAACAUGGACCCAACAUCACAAUACAGUCAUUCAUGUGUCAAUAUGAACAAGUUUAUUGUACAUUUCUCUGAAAGUGCAUCUGCUGAUUCUUGUAUAGUUAGUGUACACAAACUAUUACAGAGGUGUUCUAAUGUCCAUACUAGCCAACCAUAAAAGGCAUUCCCAAUGCACAGCGUGAUUCUAAAUGGUACUAGAGGGGAUGUUAGGACAGAGCCAAAAUUAUUUAUUUAACAGACAUUUCUUGACAAUUGCAUUUUAUUUCAGAAGGUAACAAAUGGAAGCUUACCUAGAUUGGGGUCAUAUUCACUGAUGAAGCGCUUGGUGAGAAAUUUGACAGUCAACGCUGAAAAGAGAGAAGGGAAUCAUUCACUUCCUGUUUAGAUUCAGCUCUUUGUUGUCAGUCUGUCACACUGUACAAUCUAGUGUCCCAAAUGGGGCAUGGGAACCCUGUUUUUAUAUAAACACUCCCAUGAAAUAUCAGAUAGGAGUAGAUUGCUUUUCAUGAAUAACAAACUAUCAAAACUGUAAUAAAACGUAAACAAAACUGGGAUCUACUCCACUACAAAUACUAGGGAUGACAAAUCAAGGCAAGUUUCUAAUGUUUGGUUUACUCAGUGUAUAUUAAGUGGCAGAACACAAUAUGAAACCAACCUAAACAUCACUAAUGUUUGAACAAUAAACACUAAAUCAAUCCAAUAGCAUAUGAAGGAGAAAAGGGAAAAAGAUGGGUGGGCCACCUGAUUUUCCUGAGCCCUUCACUCCAAGGAUGACCACAUUGACCUCAGGUUGUCCCCCCUCAGGGAUAGCAGAGAAGUUACAACUCCUUGCUUUCCCAAACAUCAGUGACAUCUUUAGACUAAAACCCAGGAACACAAGUUUUCAAAACAGAUCCAAGUAACAGGAUCUUUAUUCAGUGCCUACAUGCAUUAUUCAGAAUAUUAUUAACAAUAAAAAUAACAUAACAUAACCAAAUAAUAUAAAUGUUUAUAACGGUAUCAUAAACACUAAUAUUAAUGCAUAUGGAUGAUAGGCUACUAUACAGGAAACACAAAUAACGCCCACGUUGAACGUUUCCAUAACGUUUCAAUAUAACCUUACCUUACCUUAAAAGGUUUUCUCAGAGUUAAAGACUGGGGUAGAAGUGAAUCGGCUAGUUGGUUUGAUGUGGUUUAAAAAAAAUCUGUAUUACAUUUCAAAUCAUAUGAAUCCAAAUGCAAUAAAAACAUUCCAACGAGUUUUAGAACGCGCUCUUAAAUCCUGUCCGAUGAUGAGGAUGCUCAUACUCGCUGGUGAAAGAAGCUCGAGCUGCUCCGCGUGCACAGCUGGUAGGACCUUGCGUCAAGUAGACGAAUCGGUUAACAUUUGCUGAAGAAUGUUGCUGCUUACGCACAUGAUGUACUGCCAAACUCCAUUUAAGGGAACUGAGGUGAGGUCUCAUAGUUAUUCUCCAUGCAGUCAGAUAUGAUUUGGAAAGGUAGACCUUUCUCAUCUCCAACUAACUUCAUUGACAAGGAACAAGGACAUCAAUAAAAUGGUGAUGUCAGUUGAGAUGGUUGGAUUGCAUCCAGUGAGUGAAUGAUUCUGUUGUCUUCAUGCAGUACAGUUUCCUUCACAGAUAAUCACAUAACUUCACAGUUAAUACUUUGCACAUGUUAAAGUACUUGCUCAUGUAAUGGUCUCAAAUCGGACAUAUUUGACCAGAAAGAACAAAGAAAAGGUACCGUUUGACAUACUGGACCUGGUUUCCUCCUUUACCCUUUAAUGAAUGAGAACUCCACUCCCUCCUCAUUCUCUACAUUGGUGGCAAAGGUGGUUUCUGGCCUCUUUUGGAAGAGCGCCCCUGUUUGUAUCCAGGUUUGCAUGGAGGACAGAGAGAGGACUAAUUAUGUAGCCUUGUGUGUAAACAUUUACACUACUUUUAUAGGGGGUGAACGAUUUAUACUACAGUAGGUGAAUCCGUCUAUGUGCAUGUAAGUAUUUGCACAGGUGCCACGACUGUAUUGGAACAAGGACUGGUAGCAUGCUGUUGUCAUGUGCAACAGAUCCCUAACAGACAAGGUUACUAAGAAUUUAACUGUUUGGAAUAAUAGUCUCGUAUAACAAAUGUGACCUCGGGGAACAAUCUAUUGUUGUCUCUCACCUUUGCCCAACCGCUUCAAGGCCAAGAGUUCUGACAUUUCCCGCUGGCACAAACUGUCAGCCUCACAGACAAAGACCAAUAAAUCAUCAGCAUAACUGUACUGCUGUGCCCAUCCAUUGGCCCACCCGCUCCCACUCGACCCAUCUCCCCUUUCCAGCAGGUCAACACUAGAUGCCCCUCCGGCUGCAUGUCACCAUAAUGUAUGAUAACUGUGCCACACGUUGCCUAACAGCUAUCUAUAGCCUCUGCUAUUCUCGUAGCUGUGAAGAGCAAUACAAACAGUGGUUACCCUGUCAAGUGCAUCUGCUCUGCACAGAGGAGAGGAAAGGGGGGGAUUCGGUCUAGCUGCUACUGUACCUCAAGGAAAUAUCAUCAUGGAUAAAAUGUCAUGCUAGGACAUGAGAUAUUUUGAUCUGACUCAGCACUUCGUCACUCCUGACAAAUGCAAAUGUGCUGUUUGAACACUUGAGUUGAGGUGAUGGAGCCAAGCAGCUGCCCCGGCUCAGGGACCGACAGUGACAAGUCUGCCCUCGGCAAGCCUUUGGACUCAGGGAUGGACAGCCUGAAAGUGACAGUUGACGGGAGCGUUUUUGUGGUGAACAAAGCCCUACUCGAGCAGCACUGUGAGUACUUCCGAGCCCUCUUCCAGUCGGGAAUGCGGGAAUGCCAACAGGAUGAGGUCCAUCUGCAAGGGCUGAGCGCCCGGGGAUUUGUGUUGGCGCUCCGGGUCCUGGACGGGGAUCGCCCCAUCCUGGGUGGUGACGAGAUUGUGGAAGCCAUAGAGUGUGCCACCUUUCUACAGGUGGAGUCUGUGACAAAGCACCUGACCAAUAUCAUCAACUCAGAGAACUGCUUGUUGAUGUACCACACGGCUGCGACCUACGGUUUAUGGGAUCUGUCCCAUCAAGCUGCUUUAUUCAUUAAAGACAUGUACUCGGACCUGAAGGAAGAUGUUGUGAGCACCUUACCAGAAGACCUAGUGGAGUACGUUGAGUCUCUCAUCCCCAGUCGGUACGUCACAGUCUGCAGCCACUCUCCUACCGUCGAGCAGCUCCAGGACUGUCAGAGGACGGUCUGCUACCUGGAUGACGAAGAUAGAGAAUGGAAGGUGCUGAGUCACCUACCCCUAAACACAAGCACCACUAUGGCAGGUGUGACCAUGCUAGACAACAAGCUGUACAUUAUAGGAGGCGUCCACGACCUCAGCAAGAAAGUUGUGGAUUCUGGCUUCUGCUACGACCCAGAGAGUGACUCCUGGUCCACUAUUUCGAGUCCCCAGCAGCCACGCUACAACUUUACGUUAGUGGGCCACGAAGGCUGCCUCUACGCCAUCGGUGGGGAGUUCGACCGGAAGUCCAUGGCAUUGGUGGAGAAGUACAGUGUCUCCACAGCCACCUGGCGCUUCGCCGCUAAUCUCCCCUGCAGAGCCGCCAACGUGGCCUCCACCAAAGCCAUGAGCCGCGUCUUCAUCUGCCUCUGGAAACCCAAGGGCGUUACGGAGAUCCACGAGUACGUCCCUGAGAGGGACCAAUGGGUCCUGGUCACCACGCUAGUCCGUGACCAGAGCUAUGGCCACUGCAUGGUGGGUCACAGGGACAAUUUGUAUGUCAUGCGCAACGGGCCCUGCGAAGACUUCCUGAUGUGCGUGAUGGACUGCUACAACCUGACUACGGGUCAGUGGACAGCCUUGCCGGGGCAAUACGCAAACAGUAAAGGAGCCCUGUUCACAUCGGUAGUAAGAGGGGACUCAGUGUUCACCCUCAACCGCAUGAGGACCACAGAGUUCGCCGUGGAGGAGCACAGAUGGAAAACCAAGAGAGAGACCAAGGGCUUCGGGCGAAUCGGCUCCAUGUACACAUUUCUCAUGAGACUGCCCAAGGCCAAGACUGUGGGAAACACUGAGGUGUUGACAGACGGGCUGGAGUUUGGGAAUCGGAUUGACCACAGACGCAGAGACUCUCUGCUACAAUGCUUUGACUGACUUCCUGUGAAUAAGUUCAGUCUUUUAAUAUCUCCUGACAAACCAACAACAGGACAAUGAACUAGAAUGCUUUGACUGACUUCUUGUGAAUAGGUUUAGGAUGUUACUUGGGCCACUUUUAGUAGGCAAACAUGGAACGUUGCAGAAAGAAAUGUCAUGAAUAUAGCUGACGAUUCCUUUUUUUACAUGUCAGAGAGGCAUGUUUGUUCUUCAUAGCAUAUUUCUAUCUGAAUAUUACACAACGUUGUGCCGUUCUGAAUGUAAUCUUGCGGCGUCUCUACAAAUCAACAAACGAGCUAAAGAUGUAA